AUGAAUCCCCCGGUAAUCGACUUCAGCGCUUUCGCUCCUGGUCAUUCACGACCUGGAGGUCUAGAAGCAGCAGCUGACCGAGCCCGAGCCCGAGCACAGAUGGACCGACAAGCUCUGGACUGGGAAUCCAACGACGGCUUUGAUGAGACUACAUCGAUUGAGAACCAAGUCACCGAACACGAAUCCGAUGAGGCACUCGCUCCGAAGUCGACCAACGUGAAAGAAGCGGAGACAUCGCAGACAAAACCUGAUUUGAUUAAAUCCGAGAAGCCUGGCUUUUGGAAUGCGGUGAAACGAAGGAUGAGUCGGAGUGACCACAAGUCAUGA